AAGUAUAGUAGAGCUGGAAACUUAGUUAGAAGAACAUCUUAGCUUUGGGUGGACACGUAGAGGUAAACAUUACACAAAGGAGCAAUCAUGGAGCGGACCGAGGUGACGAAGGCAGAAUCUCUUGAGGACCUGAUUAAGAUCCUGCAUAAAAUCUUUGAAAGUGACACUAUUAAUGUGGAAGAGGUGCAGAGUGUGAUGGAAUCAUAUCAGACCAAGCCGCAGGAAUGGAUGAAGUAUGCCAAAUUCGACCAGUAUAGGUACACAAGGCACCUGGUGGAUGAAGGGAACGGGAAAUUUAAUCUGAUGAUUCUCUGCUGGGGGGAAGGACAUGGCAGCAGUAUCCAUGACCACACAGACUCCCACUGUUUCAUGAAGCUGCUGCAGGGCCAGCUGAAAGAGACUCUGUUUGAGUGGCCCAGUGCUAAAACCAAAGGAGACAUGGUCCAGAAAUCACAGAGAGUCCUGCAAGAGAACCAGGUUGCCUAUAUCAAUGACUCCCUUGGCUUGCACCGCGUGGAAAACGGCAGCCAUACGGAGUGUGCUGCCAGCCUGCACCUGUACAGUCCGCCGUUCCAGUUCUGCCAGACCUUUGACCAGAGAACGGGCCACAAGAACACAGUCAAGAUGACCUUCUGCAGCAAGUUUGGGGAAAAGACCCCAUUUGAAACUACAAUUUCACAAGAGAACAACUAACACUUCACAGAUCAGAUAUGUCGGAGGAGAUGAACACCGCUCCAUUUGAAACAGUUCAAUUCACAGUUUUCAGAAGAUGUUCAAAAAUUCUAGCCAGAAGAGGAUGUGAAAUAUGGACCUUCUAUGACUGAGGUGACCCAUUAGAAAUUGGCGGUGGGGCCACUUCAAAAGGACAGGCUAGUAAUUAUAAUGGUGUAGCCCCUGCCCAGCGCGAGCUUGGCAAAUACUGAUGAGCACAGGACAAAACACAUGAAUAGGCUCGGCCAUGGAUUGAAUCUGCCCUUUGUUUGCUAGGCCUGAGGUGGCCGCUUUUCAAUAACAACAUUCCUGUGCGUCCAUGUCGUGUGUGUCCACAAUGUUGUACUGCUAUGGUCCCUAGCUGAAGAGUGGCACUUUUAGCAUUGAGGAGGUAAAAAAUAAAUGAAGUAUAUCUAGUAUUUAAUGACUACUUCUUGAAUUGGAAAACAUCCUGCAGUCUCCAGUGUGUCAUAGGCCGAUGUAGCACCUUUUCUGAUGUAUAUAUCGGUGAACCACUGAAACUCCCCCCCCCCCCCCCCCCCCUAACACUCUUUCCAAAGUUGUGAUUGCAUGUACAUUGAUCUUGUUUUACGGUCUGAAUAAAAGCAUUUUUAGGUGUCUUUACAUUUGGCUGAAGCUAAAGCUCGAUAGAUACUAUGUUUUAAAAAUACUUGUAAUUUAUUUGCAGUAUAUCCAAGGCUAAUAUAGAGAGCUCUCUUAAAUGAGAUCAAGAUGAAGAGAAACUAUGAAGAGGCUCAAUGGGUGAAGGAAAGUUUUGUACGAUAAUGUUCAGCAAAUGUGUUUUAGAACUACCCUUUUCUCAGGAUUUUGGACUCUUAAAUUGUAGUUGUAUUUAUAAACAUAUUUUCUUUGCUUUGCAUUGUAUUGUUUUAUAGCAUAUGUCAGUUACAUGCAUGACUCUAAGAUGUAAUGAAUUAUAUAAAAGUACUGUUAGCAAUUAAACUCUUUAAUCUAUCACAAAA